CCCCUCCUUUACCUCACCGUGUUCCAUUCAGGCGACAGACCCUGUGAGCCUUCUGUGAUUGGCAAGAUGCUUCUCAGAGAAUCAAAGAGCUGAUUGGGGCUGAUUACCACAGGCAUGAACGUGUCACUGAGAACAUGUUGAUUCAGAGGAGGGACAGCCUGAGGGUGAGUUGGAAGGCAGAGCUGUCCCUGAGUGGAACCAUGCAGAGGAUCUGCUCCCUCAUCCAUCUCACCCUCUUCUGGGCAGGAGUCAUGUCAGCAGUUGUGUUGGUGCCUCAAAAGCAAGUAGUGACUGUGUCUGUGGGAGAGUCUGUCACCCUCAAAUGCUCCAUGGAAGGAGACACAAUCAGUAAAUACUACAUGUACUGGUACCGGAAGACCCAGGACAACCUGCUGACUUUCAUAUACCGAGAAGGGAACCACUACGGUCCUGGUUUCCAGAACAGGUUCCACGGCAACAAUGAUGCUUCAGGCAACCAGGCUGUUCUUGAGAUUCAUGAGGCAUCAUUGAGAGAUGAAGGAUCUUACUACUGUGUCUCAGAGAGACUGGGUUCCACGGGAUUACAAUUCAUCUUUGGAACCGGGACUCAGCUCAUUAUGGAACCAAAAAGUCAGCCUCCAACCAAACCAUCGAUUUUCCUUAUGAAAAAUGGGACCAAAGUCGCUUGUCUGGUGAAGGAUUUCUAUCCCAAGGAUGUCAUUAUAAAUCUUGAAUCAUCCAAAAAGAUAACGGAAUUUGACCCUACUGUCGUCCUCGCUGCCAAUGGGAAGUACAGCGCCGUCAAGCUUGGUCAGUAUGAAGAUCCAGAUUCAGUGACAUGUUCAGUUCGACACAACAAUGAACUUCUGCAAUCCACUGACUUUGAAUUAAAGUCAACUUCUUCAGGUACUAUAGAACCAACAGAACCUGAAGAAGAACACCAAAGUUCAGAGAGCUGCUAUGAACCCAAAGUGCAAGCCAGGAAGGUGAACAUGAUGUCUCUCAAGCUGCUGGGGCUAAGAGUGCUGUUUGCCAAGAGUGUUGCCAUCAAUUUUCUCUUGACUGCCAAGUUACUUUUCUUUUAAGGAUGACUGGCGUGAGGAGACUAUACUCCCUGAAAGCCUACAAAGAUGCUCUCUCCUAGCUUUCACCUUCUCAGGGACUCAAGUUGGCCUGUCCCAGCCUAGCUUAAAGGGCCACUGCCCAAACCAGUUGUGCUUUGAAAGACAGAAACCCAGAUCAUCCUUCAGCCAUGUAGAAGGACAAAAAUCCUGGGAAGAAGGGAUUAGUGGUCCUAACUGCAUAAAUGCCACUUUUUAAAGGGAUAUAAGACUCAUGUUUUUACUCUUACAACUGAUAUACUUAGGAAAUGGAGUUUUGUUCCUUUUUCCUUUCUUUGCCUCCAGAGGUAGAUCCAUUCUUGAGGAGGAAAAUAGGUCUUGGGGGAGAGAGAACAUGCUUACCUAAACAUGAAAGAUUCUGCACAACCCAGUACUAAAUAUGCCCCCAAUCCACUAGUCUCUUCCUCCUCUUCCUGUGGCUUGUCCCACCUUCUGUGCUUGCUUCUGUAGCCACUUUUGCAGGGUUGGGGGGAUGGACCAAAAUUUUCAUCACUUUCUGGUUUUCCUAGUAACAUCACAAACAAAAUCACAUUCGAUUUCCCUAAUAUUCUGAGAGCAGUCAAUGGGAUUUUUAAAACCUCUACUGCAUAUUCUUCAGGCUACUGGCAGAGAUCAGAAUAAAAUACAGAGGAUAAGGCACCCCGUUCUAUUAAUUGACUUAACAACCAUGAAUUCAAAGCCUUUAAAUUCCAGGCACUCUGGCGAGGGUACAAAGAUGAGUAAGAUAUAGGCCCUGCCUUCUAGUCAUUUUGGAGGAAAGGAUAGAAAUGAGACCACUAGAUUUCCCCCAUACAAAAACUGUAUUUAUUGGUUUUGCCUGAAUUUGUGCCCAGAGAGUGUGAGAUGGUUGGAUGCUGACUCUUUCACUGGUUGCCUGCUGUACAUCUCAGAUCAUGACUGUUGCAUUUAUUAAACUGCACCCUGUGCACCUUGCCUCUGGCUUUGCUCAUUGCAGACCACCACGGAAGGAGAGUGGCCUCUGUGCACUCUCUGUUAAUGAAAUAGAUGCCAAACUGAGCUUCUAGGUCACACCACAGCUUCCUGAGCCCCAAGCCUAUAGGCUCCUGCCUUGGGGACCAGCCCUCGGUUUCCUGCUGUGGCCACUACAGCAAUAGCAGCAGCAGCAGCAGAGCCCCAGGUGUCACUGGGGAACUCGGGUCCUCCUGCCACAGCUGGGUCACAACCCUCUCAGGUGCACCCACUCAGUGAGCAGAGCCCUGGCAUCCCCUUACCAUGGUACCUAUGACACCUAGCUGGGGUGUCAGCAGGGGUUUUUGAGGUUACAAAUGGAAGAAUAAUCAUCACCAACAACUCCCCCUGCCUAACCAACUGCAAAUUCACACACCAUGUCUUCAUGGCCCAAAGAAAAGAUAGGGCACCAUAGCACUAUCAGUCCAUGGAUUUAGGACAGUCUACAUGGAUAAGCCAGGUCCUUCUAGGAAAAACAAUAAAUGAUUCUGCACAACUUCACCUCAAAUGUAUUAAAAAAAAUAACUAUUUCCACAACAUUACCAUUCAUUACCUUAGGUAACAUUAGGAUGUUUCUCUGAAGUUGCUAGAAAUGAAAAGAUCACUUAACCUCAUUUUUCAGAUAAAAAAAUUCAUGCAAAAAGUAUGCAUCGUAUCCAAAGCCAACAAUAUUGCUGGAAGCAGAACUGAGGCUAUCAUGAAUGUCAGUCAAAAGUUCAUUUUAUAAGAGCACAUUACAUCCCCAAAUGAGAACCUAGUCUCCAUAUGACUGUCUGCAAGGUUGUCCUUCAGGGCUGUCCUAUAUUUAACAUAUAAUUGAGCCACCCUCUGAUUCACUUCUGAUCAUCAGAA